GAGUUUCUCUGGAGGGUGGUCCGGAUGCCUGUGACAUAGACAUGACUGAUCUGGAGUGUUACAACUUAGGUGGGACCACUCUGGAGGCAAGAGGCUAAUGGCCAUUGAUACAGUGGCUACAGACUGGGAGCAGAAAUUGGAAGAUGCAGGGGAGUCUGGAAUGACUGGUCUGGAAAUUCAGAGGGCAUCUGGGGGACGGAUGGAUAAUGCCAAUGGCGGCAAAGCUUCAGAAAAAUGGGCUAAGUGGGAAACGAAUCAGGAUACAGAUGUGUCCUCCACCAGGUUUAUGGCUCUGUUUUUAGAUGUGUCGGCCUCACGCUGGAAAGAUGUGGUUAAAGUUGCAAGGGAAGCAAAUCACUCCUCUGCUGUCAAUAUAGUAUGUACAGUUUAAAAGUGCUGGAAACAUCAUUACAGUAAAGCAUGCCAUACUGUGGUAAUGGAAUCAAUCAAUAUCAGCUGCUACGACUAUAAAAGGCUGUAUAACCGUUACUUUUUGAAAAUGUGGUUAAAAUCUGACAUUAAUUUCACUAGCUCAAGUCAGAGGAAAAAACAAAAAUACCACCUCCAGCAUGUACCACCUUAUACUAAGACAAAAAAAAAAGGUUUCCCUGUGUGGAACCACCUCCAUUUAGUUCACUGGUGAUGAUACAGUCAUGGCCACAAGGCGGUGAAUGAAAAUUGCUUCUACACAGCUGUCUGAAAUGGAAGGAAACAUAAGGACAACUUACACAAAAAUGUAAGAUUUAAACACAGAGACAACCUCAGAACCAUCUGAUGAUCUGAUGAGAUCAUUUUUGUUGCCUGAUGUAACAGAAGUUGUGUGUAUCUUUUACAUUGGAUGAUGAGAUUGAAUUUGAUAAUCUUGCAUAAAAGUUCUGAUGUGUCAUUUGUAUGCAACAAAAAAUUCUAUUGUUCUUCUAUUGGUGUUAUUUUUAUAAAAUAACACCAUCUGAAGAAUAUCUGAAGAGCAUUCUGCGCCAGCACGUUUUCUUCCUGAAAGCGUGUUUGUGGUCAGUUUGAUGAACAGCAUAAGCAACUUAAAAAACACCCCACCUCUUCGGUUGAAAGCACCCUGAAAGCACUGGAGCACAGUUCAGUUGCGGACAUUGCACAGUUACAGCCACACGCGCCAUGAAGAGCUUCACCUUGAUAGCAGCUUUGACUCUCUGCAGCUUUAGCUGGAUCUCUGCCUCAGUCUCUCAGUCUCAGACUGUGGAGGCUCAGUCUGGUGAAGGAGUCACACUGCGGUGCAACAACACCCACAACAAUGGUGCGGUGAUAUUCUGGUUCAGACUGGUCAACAGAACCGAGGUCAGCUGUGUCUCUGUCAUGAUCCAUUCCAAAGAAGCUAAAUACUGCGAAGGAUUUCAAAAUGGGAAAUUUGAAAUGAGAAGCAGCAACAACAUUGUCUCUCUCAGAAUGCAUUUUGUGGUUAAAUCUGAUGCUGGACUGUAUUUCUGUGGAUUUUACACUGGUGGAAUUAUCACUUUCAGUGUCACACAUUUAAAUGUCAAAGGCGGCAAUGAGCCAUCUGGUGACGAGGACAGCGGAGAUAAAAGAGAGUCUGGAGGAAUAGCAAUGCUGACGAGUGUGAUCGUGGGUGCUCUGACUUUUGUCCUUGUACUGGUCAUCAUCGGUCUGGUUGUGAAAGUCAGGAAACUUCAGACAGCUGCCACUGAAGAAAAUAAUCCACAACAGUGUGAGAAUCUGCUCUCUGAUCAGCUGAAGGAUGCAGCUGUGAGAUUUUACCCGACAUCAGUAAGAAGCAGGAGGCCUGCAUCAGAGAGAGAAGUGGAAACUCAUAUCAUUUAUACUGCCAGCAGACAGACUCAGAAGGUUUUGUCUGACCUUGGUCACUGUCCAGAUCGAGCAUAGUUAGAUAGAGGUCUGCAGCAGUGGAGGAGUGAGUGAGGUUCACCUCACUUGUUUGACAGGAAGAGGCAGCGCAGUGUGGUCUGAGCACAACUGAAGGGAAAACCGCGAGGUCUGUUAGAUCAACGCACUGUGGAAAUGAAGUCUGAAAUAAAUGAACUGGACAUUUCAACUGUUACAUGCCUGAAUUAAAAAAUAAAAGCUAUUUUAAUCUA